CCUGGUAUGGAACUGGAACUCCACUGAUCUUCAGUUAGAACCAGGGUUCCAACUGCCUGUUCAGCUUCCGUCUGCAGGCCAAGGCUGUAAUGGAUUAUGGCUAGCUCAGGAGCAGUCAGCUCCAAAGCUGACGCAACCCGGCUUUGCUUAUUCGACAUUUCAAUUGUUGUUUAUAGUCUUUGUUUAGUACUGUCAGUUCAUCAGGCGAGAUCAAGUAACGAUGUAUCCUCAUUUCAACUGCUCGCCCGACUGUCUUUCCCCACAGUGGAAACGAAACCUUAUAACAUGCCGAGUAGUGAUAUCAUCGACCCGCGGCACAGCUACGCGGAUGAGAAAUUCGAAAAACUUCAGGAAUAUUACAGUUACAUGAAUGGACGUAUGAAAGAGCCACACAACCCGACGGAACGCCGCGAGAUCCUGGAGAAAGGACAAAAGAAGCUAUUCGCUUUCAUAGACGCGCACAUCAAGGAUUUGAAACGAUUGCUGUUCGCUACAGACACGGCCCUCAUGUCCAUGGUGCAGCUAAAACUGAAUAAGAAAAUGGACACUUCGGAAGCGAAGAUUAGGUCAACGCAGGCGAAGAUACCUUUUGGACUCUACACUAGUCCAGAAUUCAAAUGUCUGGGUACAUCUUACUACGUGGUGUCGGCACACAACCAAGAAGACGCGCAGAUGAUCCUGGCCAGCGAGCGGAAACCACACUGUUACACUUUCAGAGGUGCCUUCGCUUUCACCGGAUUCUACCACCGGCAUUCGGAGGCAACGUACGUGGGACCACACGCAGAACAAUUCCAGGCCAAGGACCCCAGCCAAGGUCUCUACUGCCACUCGGACGACAACUGGAGCGACGCGCAGUGCGUCUACAAAAUAAACCCCCGCGAGGAGUUCCCAGAGUCGGUGGAAUAUGAGCCAAAGGUGUCCUACUGGUGUGGUCCCUACCGUUACUUCAUACCAGCCACCACCGACGUCAGAUGUAUAUUCUCCAUUUUCUCCAUGAACUUCGUGUUCCGUUUUGGAUACGACGGUGUUACAUAUAAGAGUUCGGAUUUGUCAUUUAUGUACCAAAACGGGCAGGUGUUCUACACAGACGAGCCGUGGGCGGGCAUGUCCUGCUGGAACUGGGCCUGCAAAUGGCGCCACAAUCAGAACCAGCGCGGGAACGAGUUCUUUGUCAACUGAUUAUUUGUUAAUAAAAAAUAUCUGAAAUAUUACACAUGUUGUUUUUCAUUCAACUAUAAUAGCAAACAAGCUGUUCACCUGAUGGUAAAUGGU